UUUCUGCUGCCCCAGCUGCUGCACAGGCAGAGCUAGAGCAGCCGAUCCCACCGUGGUGCUGCUGACGCCAAGAGCUGCCCCAUGCCCAAGGAGAGGAGCAUGGCGAUGCCCAGCCCGCUGCUCAUUGCCCUCGUCCUCUGCCUUGCCACCUGUGUCCUGCGGGCUCAAGGUAGGGACAUCUCCCAUCCCGGCAUUGGGCUGGGUGCUUUUGGGGCUCCCCGGGCUGGGUUGGGAUGGGGAGCAGGGCAGGGUGCCGUACACCAAGGCUCAGCUCCUGAAAUGGCUCUGUCAGAGCUGAAGAGCAACAUGGACAGCCUGGAGAAGGAGCUGCAGCAGGGCUGCGGCAGUGCCCACCACGCCAGGGAGAGGUUAAACCAGCUGGAGGAGCAGCUGGCCCGCCAGGAGAAAUACAACUUCACGGGUGGCAUGAUCGAGACCUACGUGUUCAAGUUCAUAACUGAGCGCUUCAGAGGCUUAAACCUCAGCAGCAGGAUGGAUGUGAAGCGAGGCGGCGGCAGGAGGCUCAGGCAUGCCAUGAACUUCCCGGUGGAGCUCAUGGAGGGCAUCAAGGCGCGGGGAGUGGAGCAGAAGCUUGUCUGCAUCUACAUCCACAGCCCCUGCAUCUUCCAGGAUGUCCACAACAACUCUGUGCUGAAUGACGACGUGCUGGGAGCCUUCCUGCGGAGCAGGCACGUGGCCGGGCUCAGCCGCCCCGUGGAGAUCCAGUUCUGGCACGACAUGGUGCUGGAUGCCUCCAAUGCCACCUGCGUCUUCUGGCAGCCCGGAGCCAGUGUGGGCAGCACAGGCAGCUGGAGCAGGGAGGGCUGCAAGACCACGCACAGGGAGGGCACCGUUAUCUGCCACUGCAACCACCUCACCUACUUCGCCGUCCUGCUGGUCCCAGCGGGCACCCUGAGCCCGGCCCAGCUGGCAUCGCUCACCCACAUCAGCACCAUUGGCUGCUCCCUCUCUGCUGCUGCCACCCUCUGCACCCUCCUGCUCUGCUGCUUCUCCAGGCAGCGGCUGAGGGACAGCACGACCAAGAUCCACAUGCACCUCCUGGCUGCGCUGCUGCUGCUCAACUGCAGCUUCCUGCUGAGCACGCCGCUGGCCGCCGGCCCUGAGGGGCUCUGCCGGGUCACUGCUGCCCUGCUGCACGCCAGCCUUCUCUGCACCCUGGCGUGGAUGGCCGCUGAGGCUUUCCACCUCCUUCUCCUCCUUGUCAAGGUCUACAACGUCUACAUUCAGCACUACCUCCUCAAGCUCUGCCUCUUCGCUUGGGGUUUGCCCACGCUGGCCGUGGUGGCUGUUUUUGUCUUCAAGAGAGAUACGUAUGGGUACCACACCAUCCACACCUCUGAAGGCUACAGCAACGCGACUAUGUGCUGGCUCACCAGCCCUCCAGCCUAUUCUGCCACCCUCUGCUACGCCGGCCUCAUCCUGCUCUUCAACAUGCUGGUGCUGGGGAGGGUGGUAAUGAUACUGCGGAGUAUCCGGCGGCAGAAGGGGCAGGCAAGGAAGGACUGGGCAACGGUGCUGGGGCUCACCUGCCUGCUGGGCACCACCUGGGGCCUGGCCUUCUUCAGCUUCGGCAUCUUCCUCGUCCCCCAGCUCUACCUCUUCACCAUCCUCAACUCCCUGCAAGGUCUCUCUCUCUGCCUCUGGUACAUCACCGUGCACCGCCGGAGCAAGCCGGGCCCCGUCAGCAACACCUCGAGAUACCCCGACGCCAGGGUGAAGGGCUGUGAGGGGAGCUCGGGAGCUGCUCCGUGAGGACGCGGCAUGGCGGCAUCCCCCGGGCUCGACAGCCAGUGCUGUGACGCCAUGGGUUUCUUCAGGGGAAGCAUUUGGGCUGCAAAGCUGGAUUUCUGGGUGGCGGGAGCUGCCUGCUGCUGGGGGGCUGUGGCUCGGGGCACCACGCUUCCCUGGGAACCAUGGCUGCACCCAUGUCAGCCCCCAGCAGCCCUGCUGCCUUGCAGCCCCUCCAUUAGUAACCAACACUGACUUCUUUUGCUGAAGGCAGACACUUCUCAUUAAAAGCACCCUUGAAUUGCUGAUGCAGGUCUCUUCCACCGCUGGAGGAGCAGCGCGGAUGUGGCUGGGGUCCCACAGCCGGCCGCUGCCACCCCAUCACCCCGACCCCAUGGCAGGCAGA